AUGGACUCCCACUCCGCACCGCCUGCGAAAGCCACAGAUGCAGUCCUGGUUCCGUCAGAACCGGUGCCGGAAGGAGUCCAACAGGUCAAGGGCAUUGACUGGCUGGCACUUCCUGCAGAACAGCGAACGAUCAUUUCAGCCUUCGUCGAUCAGGUUGCGGGACAAGGCUUCCAAUCGAGUUCCAUAGGCGAUGCUAUACGCAUCAUCAAUAAUAUGAGAUUCUGGCGAGAUCCUGAAACAGGCGACAAGACUACCAUAUUCUUGGGUUACACAUCGAAUAUGAUCUCUUCCGGUUUGCGCGAGACUUUCCGCUAUCUUGUGCAGCACCGCCACGUGUCGGCCAUCGUAACGACUGCUGGCGGCAUUGAGGAAGAUUUCAUCAAAUGCCUGGCUCCCACAUAUCUGGGAUCCUUCUCCACACCUGGGGCGUCGUUACGAGCCAAGGGCCUGAAUCGUAUAGGAAAUCUGGUUGUCCCAAACAACAACUAUUGUGCGUUCGAAGACUGGAUAAUUCCAAUCCUGGACAAAAUGCUGGCCGAGCAGGAAGAGGAGUUUGAAAACACUGGCGAACGGUUCAUGUGGACCCCAAGCAACAUCAUCCAUCGACUCGGCAAAGAGAUCAACGAUGAGCGCUCAGUCUACUACUGGGCGUACAAAAACGACAUACCCGUGUUUUGCCCGGCGUUGACCGACGGCAGCCUAGGAGAUAUGAUAUAUUUUCAUUCUUUCAAAGCCUCGCCUUUACACCUCGGUGUCGACAUUGCCAAGGAUAUUCGAAAGAUCAACACCAUCGCCGUACGGGCGAAGCGGGCCGGCAUGAUCAUCUUGGGUGGCGGCGUUGUGAAGCAUCAUAUUGCCAAUGCUUGCCUGAUGCGGAAUGGUGCCGAAAGUGCGGUGUAUAUCAACACCGCUCAGGAAUUCGACGGCAGUGACGCUGGUGCUAGACCAGACGAAGCAGUCAGCUGGGGAAAGAUCAAAGCAGAUGCAGAUAGUGUGAAGGUCUACGUGGAGGCAACGGUUGCCUUCCCUCUCAUUGUGGCCGGCACUUUUGCGAAACCUGAUUCGUGA